GUAAAAAGCAAACACACACAUAGUAGCUUCAAGUCAGAAAGCACACUUGCAGCGUAGCAUAAUGCCCCAGCCGAUAAUCUUUUCAUCAGUAGUGUCUGUGAAGUGAUGUGUGAUGUGUGUGACCUUUACAACCCUGUGCUGUAUGACCUUUCAUAUCACAGGGCCUUUGAACUGGCCCCAACAGUGAAUAAAAAGGGGGCACAGGUGAGAAAGGGCAGUCAGGAGCUCCUCUGACCAGACUCCUGCACAACCUGUGCCGGCUCUUUGGAUUCAUACGGCUCGAAAUCAUUUUCCUGCUGCUCCUUUUGGUCGUGACAAAGGACACCGAGUCCUGAUAGCAGGGUUUUUAUACUGAAGGUAAUGUCAGGAAAGAUGUGCAGCAGCAGCAACAGCAUUAUUCAGGCACAAAAACUGGUGGAUCAGCUGCGGGUGGAGGCGGGCAUGGAGAGAAUCAAGAUCUCCCUGACAGCAGCUGACUUGGUCCGGUACUGUCAGGAGCACAGGCGCAGUGACCCUCUGCUCACCGGCAUCGCUGCCUCAGCCAAUCCUUUCAAAGACAAGAAGACCUGUGUGCUGCUUUGACAGUUUGGAGAUUAUCACCACAUAACGGACUCCCAUAAGGACAACUCAUGUCUUCAGAUUUUCUACUGAUAAAUGUGUACAACAUAAUAGGCCCUGUGUGAAGGAUUUAGCUGCAUUUAUUGGUAUAAAUGGUAUAAAAUACUCAUGACUGUUUUCAUUAGUUUAUCAUCACCUAAAAAUAAGAAUCACUGUGUUAUUGUUACCUUAGAAUGAGCCGUUCAUAUCUCCAUACAAAGUGUUUUCACGUUGGCUACUGUAGCUCACCUACAUGCUUGGCACACAGGAGAAGUUUCAGUUCUGCAACAGGUGGUGCCCCCAGAUAUUUUUCACAGGGGUGGCCAAAUGAGGCCACUGAAGAUUUUGGGGUGGCUCACCAAAACCAAAAUGCAUAACUGAAUUUAAGGUAUUCACGUCCGCUGUUUAAGUAUAUCUGCUAGUUACAGCUAUGUCAUGCUGUUAUUGGUUUCUUAUUUUACAGUUAACAUUGCUAAUUAUCUGAUGUGCAUAGACGAGUACUGGUACAGUUAAUAUUUUGAGUUCCAGGACAAUCCUGUUUUAAUGUGUUACGUAUCUAUAUAAGUGUUCGGCGAUUCACUGUUCUUCAAGUAGGUUUUCCUUUAAAAGACAAAUAUACAGCUUUAAUUUUAAGGAGUACAUUGAUUGAAAGGAACAAAAACAUCUACUAGGAACAUGUCUCAAGUUGACGAGUAUUCAAAGCAUUCGGAUAUCUUGAGGUGGGACCCAAGGAACCCUCUUUGAAAAUGACCAUGUUGAGGCCUUUGCACACCGAGUCUGUUUUUUCGUCCAGAAUUGUCACACAUCUAAAGAUAAAUAAGACUUUACAUUUGCACACUGAGUCCAAUACUUUCAUCCGUCAUUAAAAGUUUCGAAACAGGUUCUAUUUUGUGUUUUUCGCAUCUGUCAGUGCAUUUAGAAACGCUGGACCAAGAAUCAGUGAAGAAAAUGUGGCAGCAGGACACAGCCGCGACAAGACAGAGGAACAGGGCGCACAGAAUCAUUGCUAAACUCAGAUAGCUACUUUCACCAGGUCAGAUAGUAAUAUUCAGGCAGGUGAUGAUGAAGAGGAGGAUGUGGACCGCACACAGAAUGUGGAGAGAGAGAGGGAGGACAGCUCCAGCUCCACCAGCCGCAGUGCCAAAUGAAAGACAUGGAGGAAGUGAUGUCAGUCAGACAGAUAACUCCAGAGGAGAGAGGCAGAGAGGGAAAUGUCUUUUUUUAUCUUGUCACGUAUUGCGACACAAAAACACAUCAAUAACACAUUGUGCAAGGACUGACAUAUUGACAGAUAAAGACACGCAUCUGUAAAAAACAGACUCAGUGUGCAAAGGCCUUUAGUUGUUACCUUAUGUUACUUAGUCCCCUUCCUGACAAGCUCUGCCAAGAUGGCUGGUACCAAUCGAUGCCUUUGCAUUAGCUUAAAACAAAAGAAAAAAAGAGCGCACCACAGCCUCUUGAAAACCCUAACAUAGGCCACCAAUUAUUUUCAUCAGCAGGGGCCGCCUCUAGAGGGCGCCACUGUUUGCAAUCUCAGUGCUAGAUGCCACCAAAUCCUACACACUGGACCUUUAAAGACAGCACUAGCCACAAGUGAAGAACAAAUGUGAAAAGUUACGGUAAUGGUUUAGCAUUUUGCAGAGUUUCUGAAAG